UUUUGCCCAUCGUGUGAGUUCUGUCAAUCCAUCACAGUUCAAUUACUGUUAACGUCCGGGUGUGUCUACUUAUAUCAAACUAGUGUGGCCCUUCCCCAUUUCCUUCGAUCGGUUUCGCUUCCCUUCCACCUUUUCUGAUUCUUACGAUUAUGAUGACAGUCGAUCAUGUGGCAGUUGGCUGCGAGAAGUCUAGGAGACAGGAGAUUUAGACCCUAAAAGAUUUUGGGGAUUCUCAAACCUUUCUGAUGUGAAAAUCUGUAAGAAGCUAUCAUGAGAAUUUAGUGCAGUGCCAUAAUAUUCAAAAUGCGUGAUUCAACGAGAUGUAAUAUAUUUUCAUCAUUUCCAUUAUUGGUGUUGUGCUAGAAGUGCGCGGGUGACUAAGUCCUAGACACAAAGUCGCCCUUGGAUGUACUAAUUCGGUACAGCCUAGAAUUACAUAACUUUUCGCAGCCUUCCUCCGGACCAGGCGAUUAUAUAGUGACUACAGCGAACUAGUGCAGCGAUCAUUAUACUGUUUUCAAGGACAAUAAAUAGAGCAUCACACAACGUCCAAGUGCACAACGAUAAAUAAUCUCCAAGAUGUAUUUAAUAAUAACCCUGGGUCUACUUUUGGCAGGAGUACUUUCCGGUACUGAGGCGAAAUGCAGUUUAACGCCGGUUGAAGCUGAAGACCGCACAAUCGCAUAUGUAUGUCUUCAUGGUGAUCUCAAGGAUUUGGAUGAUGUGCCAAACGAGGCUGAGUGGAUCGAAUUCACGGUCGUACGUUUUGAUGUCAUUCCUGCCGACGCUUUUGCACGUUUUACUCAGCUGCGAAAACUCACGUUCUUUAAUUGUAAACUUAAUGAAUUGAAUGCAGAUGCAUUCCGCGGCCUCAAUCAGCUUGAGAUGUUGGUCAUGUUCAAUACAAAGGUGGGCGUCGCCAGGGCCGCGGUAUUCCAGCAUAUUCCAAAUUUAAAAAUCCUGAAGUUAGAAGGAACAGGAUUGAUGUAUAUUGAGCCUGAAGUGUUCGAAAUAUUGAGUAAGAGAUUAGAAGAGUUCAGCAUUAGGAAUAAUGAUGUCGAUUGUCUUCCGCUGGAGGCUCUCGCCAAAAUUGAGAGACUGAAAAUCAUGAAAAUCGAUGACAAUCCGUGGUUGUGUGAUUGUAAAAGCGCACUGCUGAAAUUCUUCCAAAGUAAGAAUAUUCAGCAAAUGUCAAAUAAUGAUUUCACGCAUCAUAGACGUAAAAGAGGGCACUACACUAGCUGGUCCGGCGAGCAAUCCUAUGAGACGAGUUCCAGUCAUUAUGUUUAUGAUUGUAUGGCUGUCUUAAAAUACCCUCCACUUCCUCCAGCAAAUGUGAUCACUGAUACGAAUUAUUAUAAUCGUUAUAAUAUCGAACGACGUGAGCAGAAAAUUACGAGUAUUCAUAAUCUAGACCAUCUGCCGGAUAACAUUGGCUGGCUUGAGAUUUUUGACGUGCACAUUCCAAGAUUGCAAAGAUAUAUGUUUUUCAGAUUCGGAAAUACCUUGAGAAGUAUUACUUUAAGAAAUUGCGGAAUUGAAUCAAUUGAGCUUGAAGCUUUCGCUGGAUUGCAUAAGCUUGAACGAUUAGUCAUCAUUGGGGCCAGAUUGCCGGUUAUUGGAAGCUCCUGGUUUAGAGACCUUGGAAGACUUACAGAACUCGUACUUGAAAAUUCUAAUGUUGAAAAAUUCGAAUAUGGGGCGCUGGAUCAUCUUAGCAGCUUAAGAAGGCUGGAUCUCAAGUCAAAUAGAUUCAAUUGUCUUUCUGAAGAUGCCAUCCGCGGUCUCGGGAACCUAGAAAGACUAGAUGCGAGGGACAAUCCCUGGUUGUGUUCCUGUCGACAGGAUUUUGAAAAUAAUCUAUUGAGAAGGCGAAUUGGUUACGAAAUCAGUAACAGUGGAAAUAAUGGCGUCGGAUGUUUGCAAGGUAGUGAAGUCAGUCGUCCAAAUGAUUACAAUGAAUAUUAUAAUCAUACAUCGAACGGCUGGAUACGAUGGAGCUGGGGUUACGAGACUCAUCAACCUCGACCGACUCGACCUCGACCCGUCACACCUCGACCACCCCCAGUAAUACAAACUACUCCACCUCCAAUUCGUCACAACGGCUGUAGAUCAGUGCCAGCGGGGAAUCAUUUCGACAGUCAUUACUACAAUCACCUUCGGGGUCACACGUACUUCUGCGAAGACGCAUCCCUUAUCGAUCUUCGACAAAUUCCCUCAAUCACUGAAACCAUCAUAUUCUCCAAAUCAGUCAUUCAGAUUCUACGAUCCGAUGAGUUCCGGAAAUUUGAUGGAUUUUUAAAGCGAUUGGAAUUCCGCGACUGCACGAUACAAGAGAUAGAGGACCGCGCCUUCGCUGGAAUAAGGAAUUUGCAAGUUCUUAUCCUACGCGGAAACGAUAUCAAAGUCGUUCGUUCUGAAUGGUUCACUGAUACUCGUAAUUUACAACACCUCAAUUUAGCGCACAAUAAUAUUCAUGAAAUUGAGACUAGAGUCUUUGAAAUGGUUCCAUAUCUAGUCAGUCUUGAUAUUUCAGAAAAUAAGAUUAAUUGUAUUGCGACUGAAAGAUUGCAGAGUCUCCGGUACAUUAGAGACUUGCAUUUGGCCGACAAUCCGUGGACUUGUUUGUGCGCUGAAGCUUUACAUCGUUUUGUCAAUAGUCGGAACCUUUUCUGUGCGAACGAGUGUUUAGAUGUAGUGUUGAGGGACAGAUGUCACAAUAUAGGAUUCACACCCAAACCGGCAACCUUUGCCACUCCAUCCCCUCCACCUCCAUCAAUGACUAUUUACCCCCCACUUCCAUUACCGGAUCCCAAUGCGAAUAUCAGUGGUUCCUGCUACUCGGAUCACGAUGGGAAACACUAUCAUUGCAGCAAUGGUAACCGUUUCCUACUUGACCAAAUACCGAGUUGGGUCUCAUCCAUCGAACUCUACGACUGCUACAUAGAACAUCUGCCGGCUUCCACAUUUUCUAGAUUUGUAAAUCUCACGGAACUUAUUCUCCGUAAUUGUUCACUGAAAGAAAUUGAUGAACGCGCGUUCUACGGACUUAGAAGACUGGAAAAAUUAACGAUCAAGGGUAAUAAUUUUGCGGUAGUUCGAGAGGGAUGGUUCAUUCACUGUGAGAAUCUGUAUCGACUAGAUUUAAGCAAUAAUUAUCUCGUAGAAAUUGAGUCUAGAGCGUUUCAUAAUUUGAAAUAUCUUCAGUAUCUCAAUUUAGAGGAUAAUAUGUUCAGUUGUAUCUAUACUAAUUCGUUCAUUCAGCUGCCUCAAUUGGAUACCGUUGAGUUCAGUCGAAAUCCAUUAAAGUGGAGAUGCUGGCAGGAGCUCAAGCAAUUUUUAGAAGUGAGGGCUAUCGGGUAUACUGAUCAUAAGUGCCCGUAUGAUGCUACGCAUCUCGUCAGGAAUUUACAGAAAGACGGGUCGACCCAGGCCCAAAGCUAUACCGAUGGGGCCACUGAGAACGAUGUUACUUAUUUCGGAAUUAUUCUCACAGUUGCCAUGGUAUAUUCAUUUCGUUGAAGUACAUAAUCUCCACUGUAGAAUAAUGACGCUAGUACCUGAUGCGAAAUCAGCUCGCUAAUAUCGCUAAUUACACUAAUUUAAUUCUAAACGUCAUCGCAUUGUAUUAUUUAUUAUAUCGACAAUUUUUUUUUAUGAUGAACCACUGAUAUUGUGCUUACUAUUUAUUUCUGACACGAUCUAUUUUGUUGAAUAAAUAUUCAAUUAUUUAACGGUAA